GUGGGACUCGUGCAAUGGCACACCGUCAGUAGCAGCGUCGCUUCACUCCGUUCCCCUGCCUUUCUUUGCUCGGAGCCUUUCCUCGUUUCCUUCCUUCCUUCUUCCUCCCUCCUCUCACCUCACCCACGUGUGUGUCUCUUCCUACUUCGAAGCUCCAAGCUUUUAGAAUCUUCCCUUCACUCUCGGCACGCUGCCGAAGAGAGGAUCGAGUGAUCUGUAUGGAUUGAGCUGGGCCAAAGAGUGUUUAGAGAAAAUGGCUUCCCACGGGCUAUUCCGGAGAUUUUUUUGCUUCAAUACGAGGACGGGGACUCUCAUCAUCGGCACAGCUGAUAUCGUCUUCAGCCUCAUCUGUCUCGUGAUCUGUAUUGUCUCUUCGAUCCUCGCGGGAGAAUAUCUCCUCCUCCUCUAUGCUGCAGAGCUGUGGUAUAUUUUGGCCUGGUUGAUGGUUCGAGGGAUGAUGAGCUCCGUGUUUGCUGGCCUCAUGAUCCACGCCGUGAGGAACACGAGUCGUCCUUCAUGGAUGCUUCCAUGGCUGAUCUGGGGUGGGGUGUCCAUGGCGGGCGGUCUGAUGUUCGUGUUCAUCGCUACGGUCGGCACGGCUGCUGCCAAAUUCCAGCCCAUCGUCUCAGUUGUCAUCUGCAUCAUCCUCACCCUCUGCCUCAUCACAGGCAUCCUCCUCUACCUAGUCCCAUACUCCCAUUACCAGGUGAUGCUGGAGAGAGCAGUGCCUGAUCACGAAGACGGUUUCUCGGUCCUACCCUUGAGAGACAUGGGACAUGACCCCAAGGCUCAGGAUACGUGAUGUGUGUUCCCAAACACUCUCGCCAUGCUCUCACGCUUGAGUCACAAGCACACACUCUUGGCAGUCAUCUUGCCUCUCUCUCUCACUCUCUCACUCUCACUCUCACUCUCACUCUCACUCUCUCUCUCACUCAUAUUCCAAACGUGUGCCUUCCUUCUUCGACCCGAGGACAUGGAAACGGGAAGGAAGAAGAAUAUUGGAGAUGAUCAGGCUUCCAUUCUAGUGCACCAGAGCAGGAAUGAAUGAAUGCAUGAACCUGGACGGGCACAUAUCCUUCAUGGAUCUGAUACCAGAUGGUUUAAUCUGCGAGUGAAUCUCAAAACCCAAUACCCUUAUCCCCAUAAUUUUGGGCGUUUUUUCAAUAUGAGUCUCAUGUUAUGGUUAAGUAUCAAAUAAUGUAUCAUGUUUGCCUGGAGAGGUUUUUAGUUCUUUAUUCAGGGAAAUAAGUGAGCAAUGGAGAUGAUGAGCAUUCUGAUAUUCCUCAUGCUGGAAAUGCUGCAGUUAUUGAUAUGACAAACUUUGUUUCAUGUUAUACUAUUUUUUUUAAUUGCAUUGUUGGCUGCAUCUACUGUGUCCUGUUACUCAACAGCUUGAAUUGAUGUUGGGAAAGUACUCUGAAAAUUUUCAGAAUUCUGAUACAUUCCCAUAAAGAACUUACUAAAUAUAUCUCAAAGGAGACUUUCUCUGUUCUUCCUGAGAUUGGCUGAUGCAUUGAUUAUUUGUAUUAUCUGUAAUGACUCUUAACAAAAUCCUGCAGAAGAACCUUCCUUUUCACAUUCUAUUCUUUCCUCCAAAAGUGCACAAGAUGAUGAAGCCAAGUACAAAAUCUCAGUCAUUCCCAUGCUCAAUUGUAAAAAUUCAUUUGUUAAGAUUGAAAAAACAUUGCUGAGAGUUCCAAACUUUUAUUUUUGUGUGUGAUGAAUCUUAUGGUUUUUUGCCAGAAACUAUGGUACUGAAUCUGAGCAUUAUGAAACUGCAUGCUGAUUGAUACAGAAGAUUAUUAUAAUACUAUUUUUCAGUGAGUUGCCAUUCCCUGCUGAUGGGAGUACCUAUGUAGAGAGAGAAUAAACAGUCACAUACGAUUUGG